AUCUCCCCGCAGAGAAUCAGUGACAGUGAAGAAGGAGAAGAAAGACGAGAAAAAACAGUGUCCUCCAAUGGAUACCUCUCUCCUCAACGAAGCGUUGGCGUCCAAGUCCUAUGACAAGAUUGCCGAUAUCUGUGACAACCUCUUACUUCAGGGUGCCGCUGAGGGCAUUGAUUGUCAAGACGAAUGGCCUUACGCGAUUCACCUUCUAGGCCAUAUUUACAACAAUGACAUUAAUAGUGCACGAUUUCUGUGGAAGAAGAUACCUGCCGCAAUAAAGGAGGGCCGGCCUGAGGUGGUGGCUGUUUGGAGGAUCGGGCAGAAGCUUUGGACGAGGGACUACGUGGGCGUGUAUGAGGCUAUUCGAGAAUUCAGCUGGACUCCUGAGGUUCAGCCAAUUGUGGCUUCCUUUGCAGAAUUAUACAGGAAAAGGAUGUUUGAGCUCCUGCUUUCUGCUUAUUCUACCAUUAGCACACAAGAUACAGCUCAGUUCCUUGGAAUGAAUGAAAAUGAUGCUACAAACUAUGCGCUGCAACAGGGUUGGGUAUUGGAUCCAGCUUCUCCAAUGCUUACUGUGAAGAAACAAGCAGUUGUGACAGAACAGAAGUUAGACCCCAGUAAAUUACAGCGCUUGACAGAAUAUGUCUUCCAUCUUGAGCACUAAUCAAUUUGUUGGUUCCGAGAUUUCUAAAUCUUAGUAGGAUAGUUUCUUUUUUGUUAGUCCACUGGUUGGAGAAAUUAGAAGGUGGCCAAAUUUUAUAGCAACAGAUCUAAACUUGGGUUCGAUGAUUAUUGUCUCUCUUGAAAAGUAUAUUAUUACCAUGGCAUAGUGGAUUAUCUUUUCAUAACAACUGGAAAAGGCUUAUUUAUACCUGAAAGUGUUUGAAUUUUGAUGCAGUAUUCUUAGGUAUUUGGGACUUUGCCAUGAAGCUCGAGAGAGAGCACACUUCUUUGGAAA